AUGUCCGACCGAAAUCAAGAGCCUGAGGUCGUCGCCAGCAGUGGUAGUGCAGACACUGCGUGCGGGACCGUCACGGUUGCGACUGGAUCAGCAAUGCCCGACGCAGCGUCGUACCUUUCCUAUCCCCGGUCGUCCGGCACAGUUCCAAUUUCAGCCCCUGGUGUUGGUCCGUCGCACGAUGUCGCGCAGGCUGCUUGGGCCGCAGACUUGGUCACUGUCUACGAGCGCCUGGACAGCCUGACGUGCCGGAUAUCAUGCGUUCAGGCCGAUAUGUACGAGCGCAACGACCGCUCCGCAACGAAGGUCAGGCGACCUGGAGAGGAAGACGAGCACCGCUCGUCGGCAACGCAGAGCCCUGGGACACUCGGUGUUAGGAAGACCCGUACGAGCUCGACGGAGGACAUACCGGGUGCCCUCGCUGCGGACAAGGUCAUUCUUGCGGAGGGUGCGUUAUCCCACUUCUGGGACUCGGAGAUCAGUGCGGACAGCGCAGCUGCGAUGUACGCAGAGGAGAGCAAGUGCACGAUCCACGCGAGGCUAGACAGGCGCGACCCGGUACAAGAGAUUCAGGCGGAAGAUUACGUGUCCCGACUUCAGGCGAUCCGCAAGCAAGUGAUUGAGCAGCUAGACAGCACGCACGGCGGGUUCGGGCGAAGUUCCCGCAAGUGGCGACCACGACCGGGUUCCUCACGCGCUUCGCCGCUGCUGAGCGGCGUCCCUCCGACACCAAGUUCGCGUCAAGUGCCGGCACCGCUACCAAAUCACCGAACGUGGAAGGUUUGGGGCUACUUGGACGCAGAGCCGCACGAAGCUGCAGACUUAGAGGUCGAGACGGACCACCCGGCGAAGACAGCAGACGGUGGAGAAGGCAGCGUUUACGAUAGGGAAGUCGAGCUGUACCUCCGAGUCCUGCUCCCGGAGACUUACACACAGUGCGCGUCGCUCAUCGGGUUCACGCGCUCGAGCCUUGCGCACCCCCUCCGUGCUGACGAGCCCCGACGGCGAAUUCUCCAGCGCGGACCGGAUGAUGCAGACUCGCUCACGACCUUCAAAAGCACGAAGAAGCGCGAGGGCGCGUUCUACACGCGGACGGUUUGA